AUGGCUCUCGACUACGGCGACACCGCCAACCUCAUCCCCACCAGCCUGCCAGACAAGGUCCGCGCCUGGCUCGCCGAAGACACCCCCUCGUUCGACUACGGCGGCUUUGUCGUGGGCGAGGACGUCCGCACGGCCACCCUCUACCAAAAGGCGCCGGGCGUGGUUGCCGGGGUCCCCUUCGUGAACGAGAUCUUCGCCCAGUGCGGCUGCACCGUCGAGUGGUUCGUCAAGGACGGCGACUUUCUCGACCCCACCACCAGCCCCGGCGGCAAGAUCAAGGCGGCCACGGUCCGGGGCCCGACCAGGAAACUGCUCCUGGGCGAGCGCGUGGCGCUGAACACGCUCGCGCGCUGCUCCGGCGUGGCCACCGCCAGCCACAAACUGCUCAAGCUGGUCCGGGCCGCCGGCUACACGGGCAUCGUGGCGGGCACGCGCAAGACCACGCCCGGGUUCCGCCUGGUCGAGAAGUACGGCAUGCUGGUGGGCGGCGUCGACCAGCACCGCAUGGACCUGAGCAGCAUGAUCAUGCUGAAGGACAACCACAUCUGGUCCCGCGGGAGCAUCACCGACGCCGUGCGCUCCGCCAAGGCGGUCGGGGGAUACGCCCUCAAGGUCGAGGUCGAAGUCGACAGCGAAGAGGGUGCCGACGAGGCCAUUGCCGCCGGCGCCGACGUCAUCAUGCUGGACAACUACGACGGCCCGGGCCUGCGCGUGGCCGCCAGAAACCUCCGCCAGAGAUGGGCCGGGAAGAAGUCGUUCCUCCUCGAGUGCAGUGGAGGGCUCACGCCCACGAACGUGAGGGAAUACGUGAACAACGACAUUGACGUGAUAUCCACAUCCGCGCUGCAUCAGGGGUGUCCCCACGUCGACUUCUCCCUCAAGAUCGACCACUAG